AUGCCUCACCAACGCCGAAAGUCUGGCGGUGCGUCUACUUCAGACAUGCGAAAAUCCGUAACCGUAACAGACAUGACGAAGCAUCGACGACCCGGCCUAUCACGCAGGCAAACACCUGUCACCGGCCAGAAGCUUGGCAAGAGCCAGCGGGAGCGAGAACGAGAAUGGCAUGAAGCCUUUGACGACGAGCGUGAGAGCUUCCCACAAUUCUGCAUGACUUGCGAGAAGCAAUUCGUUCCUUACGAUGACAAGCACCUCUACUGCUCCGAGAACUGCCGAAGGGUCGAUCAAUCGUCGUCAGCAACAUCCUCAAUGCCUCGAAGCUAUGGCUAUGGAAACUACCCUUUCUACUCGGCGGGGGAGCCUGAGCCUCGUGAUAUUAUUCCUCAAGCUUCACCUUCUCGUCCCAGCUCCACGAUCUACAAUCAUUCACCACCAACCCCUACCACACCGGCUACAACGUCAUACCACACUUCGGCACUCUCGGCGCUCCGAUCAAUACAUGGACGACCACCGAGCCCUCCCUCACCAUCGGCAGGUGGCAGCAACUUCUGGCCAUUCAACAACAACCGAAGUGCUGCAACCAGUCCCAGCACCUCCUAUUCUCGGCCCUCUGCGGCCUACUUGUCGUCCACGUACGACGUUGGCUACAACAAUGGCGGCUACUACACAUACGAUUACGGAUCAAAUGGCAUGGAUCGUCCACUGCCCACCCGCCGACCAAGCCAUGCCCGCCCAAAGAGUAUCGAGCUCGUUACUCCCAUGGUCGGUGGGCGGUAG